AUGCCCAGCUCCACUGCGAUGGCAGUUGGCGCGCUGUCCAGUUCCCUCCUGGUCACCUGCUGCCUGAUGGUGGCUCUGUGCAGUCCGAGCAUCCCGCUGGAGAAACUGGCCCAGGCGCCGGAGCAGCCAGGUCAGGAGAAGCGCGAGCACGCGUCUCGGGACGGCCCGGGGCGGGUGAACGAGCUCGGGCGUCCUGCGAGGGACGAGGGUGGCAGCGGCCGGGACUGGAAGACCAAGGGCGGCCGCGGGCUCGCCGGCCGGGAGGCGUGGAGCAAGCAGAAGCAGGCCUGGACCGCCCAGGGCACGGGCGCCAAGGCUGGGGACCUGCAGGUCCGGCCUCGUGGGGAUACCCCGCAGGAGGAGCCCCCGGCCGCCGCUGCCCAGGACGCGACCAGCCCGGACCUCGCGCCCACGCCUGAGCCGCCUGAGGAGUACGUGUACCCGGACUACCGCGGCAAGGGCUGCGUGGAUGAGAGCGGCUUCGUGUACGCCAUCGGGGAGAAGUUCGCGCCGGGCCCCUCGGCCUGCCCGUGCCUGUGCACCGAGGAGGGGCCGCUGUGCGCGCAGCCUGAGUGCCCGCGGCUGCACCCGCGCUGCAUCCACGUUGAUACAAGCCAGUGCUGCCCGCAGUGCAAGGAGAGGAAGAACUACUGCGAGUUCCGGGGCAAGACCUACCAGACUCUGGAGGAGUUCGUGGUGUCUCCAUGCGAGAGGUGCCGCUGUGAGGCCAGCGGGGAAGUGCUGUGCACAGUGUCUGCAUGUCCCCAGACAGAGUGUGUGGACCCCGUGUACGAGCCGGACCAGUGCUGCCCCAUCUGCAAAAACGGUCCAAACUGCUUUGCAGAAACUGCUGUCAUCCCAGCUGGGAGAGAAGUGAAGACUGACGAAUGUACCAUAUGUCACUGUACUUAUGAGGAAGGCACGUGGAGGAUCGAACGACAGGCCAUGUGCACAAGACAUGAAUGCAGGCAAAUGUAGAAACUGGACCAUACAAAAACUCUGACAUUUUUCUAGAAUAUUUUACUGAUGUGAACAUUCUAGAUGACUCUGGGAAAUAUCAAUCAAAAGGAGAAGACUUUUGAUGAGGAAUAAUGGAAAAUUGUUGGUACUUUUGCUUUUCUUGGUAACAAUUACUGCAAGAGAA